AUGCAAGAGGAGUUGACGCCAUUGCAACAGAAUGUUCUAGACCGUUAUAAGAGGUUAGCGCGGGCGUUACACUCUUUAGAUGAGACUUUCAAGCAGUUUAAUGCGUCCAACGGUGACAACGUUACUGCUGAAAGUGUUCUUGGCCAAAUUAGAGAGAUUGAAGUCAAGAUUGGUCUUGUGGGAACCCUUCUGAAGGGUAGUGUGUAUUCUCUGGUGCUUCAGAGGAAACAAGAGGAGGAGGCCAAACGUUUAUAA